AUGCGUGUCGCAUUUGCAGUUUUUCUUCUUUGUAUUGUUUACGUUGCUAGUUAUCCAUCAUUUCGUGAAGCAGCAACUAAUAAUGAUGAAAGUGACGAUGAUCUUGAAUUAGAACUUCGCUCAAUUUUAAAACAUCUUAGUGAUGAAAAUAAUAAUGAAGAACAAAUUGUGCGAUCUGUUGAAACAGAUGAAAGUAAUGAAGAACGUGAACUUGAUGAUGAUUUAUUUAGCAAACGACAAGGUGGUCAUAGUAUAGUUGAUAAAACAAGUAAAUGUGAAAUCCAAUGUAUUCAUUCACAACGACAUCCAAAGAUUGGUAGAGGCAAAUCAGUUAAAGAUGCAGCUAAAGCUUGUAGACGAUUAUGUCCCAAUCCAAACAAAAAAGGUCCUGGAAAUAAAAAAGUUGUACAAAGAACAGGCAAAGGUAAAUAUAUAGGUUUACGUCAAUUUGAUGAUGAUGAUAGCAGUGAAGAACAACAAAAUCAACGUCGUGAAUUCUAUGACUAUCUUAUGGAACAAUUUCAACAAAAUAAUAAUGAAUAA